AUGGACUCGUUUCUGAUCAGAACUCCUUGUUCCUCGGCCAACAUUGGCCCAGGAUUCGACGUCAUUGGCCUGGCGCUGUCUCUUUAUCUCGAACUCCGUGUCACGAUUGACUCCUCCAAGACAUCCUCCCCGCUUCCAUUGAAUUGCGCUAUCACCUAUGAAGACCAAAGCAAAAGCACUGAGGAGAUCACGCGCAUUCCCGUGGAGACUAAGGUACACAUCGUCAACCCGAUCCCAUUAGGGCGGGGGUUGGGAUCGUCGGGAACCGCAGUGGUCGCUGGUGUUAUGCUAGGAAAUGCGGUUGGAAAGCUGGGCCUGAGCAAGGACCGACUGUUGGACUACUGUCUCAUGAUUGAACGACACCCCGACAAUGUGGCGGCAUCCCUUUUCGGUGGAUUUGUGGGUACCUAUCUGAACGAACUUAAGCCAGAAGAUGUCGCGCGGAAAGAAAUCCCUCUUAGUGAAGUCUUACCUUCUCCCGCAGGUGGCAUUGACACCGGGUUCCAGCCUCCAGAGCCACCCCUCGGUAUUGGUCACUACCGCAAGUUCAAUUGGGCCCCAGAGAUUAAGGCCAUUGCCAUCAUCCCAGACUUUGUUGUGCCUACUGCCAACGCGCGCAACGUCCUUCCCAACGAGUAUUCUCGCGCAGACGUGGUCUUUAAUCUCCAACGCGCUGCAUUACUCCCUGCAGCCCUGGGGAGCUCUCCUCCGGACCCUGAUAUGAUCUUUCUCGCCAUGCAAGACAAGGUGCAUCAGCCAUACCGCAAGACUUUGAUUCCCGGUUUGGCUGAGAUCUUACAGUCCAUGACCCCGGCCACGCAGCCUGGUCUGCUGGGCAUCUGUUUGUCCGGUGCUGGGCCAACCAUUCUGGCACUGGCCACCGACCGCUUCACGGAAAUUGCAGACCGCAUUAUCGCACGGUUCGCCUCGAACAACAUUACCUGUCAAUGGAAAUUGUUGGAGCCUGCUCAGGAGGGAACAACUGUGACUCAAGAUUAA